AAUCCACUUCUAAGGAAUUAAGGCAUUUUUGCUUGUGAAUAUACAAUUUUGCUGCAAGAAUGAAAAAAUGUAUAGUGAUUUCCAGAUACUUUUUUUUUUUUUGUUUUUUUUCAUGAUAACAAAUAAUGUCCUUACAACACUUCACUUUAAACUGGAUAAACAAUAAUGACUCAAUUCACACCAGAAAACAGAAGUCAUUUCACACAAAAAGGACAGAUGAUCAAGGCUUUCACUCUUGUCUUCACACACACACACACACAAAAACUCUCCCACUUUAUUUGAGUUGCGCUGUGACAUUAUGACGUAAGUUUUGACAUGGCGGGAGGGGCGUGUUUAUACACUCAGGUGACGUCACCGGAGCUCACAUAAAACACCGCCCUGAGAGGAGAAAUUUCAAGUUUUACAAACCACUGAGAAGAGCAAUUCCUUCAAGAGCAAGUCUUGACGUAAAUAAAAGACAAAAGAACUGAAAUAUUCUAGUGCAUUGAGGAUACUCGAAGAAUGGACGUUGAGGCCAAGAGAAUUAUGACUCUUUCUGUUAGUAAACUGUAUUCAUUGAGGAUCCAGCGUGGGGGUUUGAGACUUCACCGGAGUCUUCUGCUCUCCAUGACCAUGAGAGCCACCCGGGACAUCUACCACACCGCCGUGCGGCUCAAAGACACGGAGUGGGACGAGCAGGUCGUUCCGUGCGUCUCGGAAGCGGCCACGGAGGAGCCCAUGGACACUAGUAAAGACCAAACCACAGUCAGUGACUCUGUAAUGACUGAAACUCCUAAAGAGAUCUCGGUUAAUCCUCAAGAACCUAAAGAGAAACUAGAGGAGGACGAAGAGAACCGAGUCGCACAUAACUGUGAACGGCGCUCCAGGAAGCGCCGCGGUAAGACGGCCGUCGAGCCGGACUUUCUGCCUCUGAAGAAGGCGAGAAUGGACACGGAUGAUGAGGUCUUAAGGACGAAUGAUGGAAACAGCUGUCGACAAGCUGAAACACUGACAGCGUUCCCCACAAAUCGGGCCAUCGGUGCAUGUUGAGGGACUUUGGAUAGUCCCAAGAAUCAUCUCCCUUGUUGGGAAUUUCCUGGACAAAUUGGUUCUGAACUGACCAGUUAAUGCGCUCCGAACGGAGUUUGGACACCUGUGUGCCUCAGCUCAUCAGAAGAUCGAGGAGAGCUUACUAAGGGGCCCGCAGGAAUAAAGAUCCGGAUCCAGUGUGAUCCAAACUGCCAAGGAAUCACCAAAGCUGCUUUACUGUUCAGAUGAAUCAGAGAUGAAUGACACUGAUCUGACAGCAGAUGUUGACUCAACCAAACUGAACUUUUGUGCAAAGAGGUUUCAGUCGCAUAUGAACUUUACAGCCUCAAAUAAAACACAUAUAAUGGUGUAUGACAAAAACAUCAUUUAGCAUCUUAUCUGACAACUCAGCUGUGUUCAGAGUUCUGUCUUUGGUUGCAAUAAACUUACAAAUGUUCAAAAUGACUCUGUUGUGCAGAUGUGAUUUUGACAACAUUACUAUCUACAAAAAUCACAGAAACACUUGGAAUGAGUCUGGAUGGUUAUAAAUCAGGGCAAAACUUAAAAGGAAUAUAUACGUUAAGCUUAAUCGACAGCAUUUGUGGCAUAAUGUUGAUUACCACAAAAAAUUAAUUUCAACUCGUCCCUCGUUUUCUUUAAAAGAAGCAAAAAUCAAGGUUACAUUGAGGCACUUACAAUGGAAGUCAAUGGGGCCAAUUUUUGAACGGUUUAAAGGCAGAAAUGUGAAGCUUAUAAUUUUAUAAAAGCACUUACAUUAAUUCUUCUGUUAAAACUCAUGUAUUAUUUGAGCUGUAAAGUUGUUUUAUGGCAUUAAGUCGUCAUGUCAACAAAGUUGGAUGUGUAAAAUUGGCUAUAACUUUCCACAGAAAAAGUUACUAAGCGAUUUUAUCACACUAAAA